UAAACAUUGGAAUUGUUACUGAUUUUUAAACUCAUUGUUAAAAAGUUUCAUCGUUUUUAAGUUGCCUUUUAAAAACCCGAUUUUAAAUUCAGUUUUAUUUUGAAAAUAUAAUUUGUUUCAAUUCAAAUGGUGUACUAGACAUAUCAAAAAGUUACUAAUAAAAAAAUAAUUACGUCCUAUUUACCCUGUUAAAAUAUGUAGGAUCAUUAAAUCAUUGUGUGCAAGAAAGAUCUUUUUAAAUACUAUGAUUUUUAAAUGAAGAUCAAGAGACUUUAAAGACAGAAUGGGAACCACUAUGUUAUUAGUGUUGUUCAGUCUGUUCUUAAAUUAUAAUUUAGUGCAAUGUGUUUUGAAUACAACAGACAAAUUCAACGAAACAGAAGUAAUGAAAGGGCACCAAGAGCUCAUGAAAAAAGUUCACACAUUCUUCACAGAGUUAAAAAAACUAUUCGUAGCCAAAAAAUCAUUACAGAGAAAGAAAGAGAAAGAAGCAGAAAUCGACGAAGGCGUGAAAGAGACAACACAUUCAAAUCUAAGAGCUUUUCCAAAUAACAUUGACUUCAAUCAAUCUACUUCCAAUUAUAAACUGCAUAAGUUACCUAAACACAUUAAUAAACCUAUAUUCCCGAUAACACAUAUACCAAUCCAUGUUUACAAAAAACUAUUUCCUGACAGCAUACCUGAACAGUUUACUUUUCGUUCAGGAAACUUUUCUAUUCGAGAAUCUAUUCCUUCUCUAUCUAAUUUAUCAUUUAUUUUACCUCCAAUGGCUAGGUUCAAACGACCAUCAUCUUUACAUGCUACUAAAAAGACAACAAAAUCAAUAGCUGCAAGAAAUAUCGCUUCUUUAAAAGCGGAAUUGGAAAGCUUGUAUAGAAAUAGUACUGCAUCAGUUUUGCAUACUUCUAAAAUUAGACAGAAAUUCUUCUUUAAGAAAAGAACAUCUGUAUCUACUUCUAAUAUUAACUCUGACGUCACUUCAACCUCUUCACCACCUCCUCUUUCAUCCACAUCAACUUUUCUACCAUCAUUUGACGAAUCAGAUGUCCUAUACCCUAUUUCAAAUUCUAAAUCUUCUCCUCUUAAGUCUAAAUUUGCUUCUCGUGUAUCGAGGUCAGAGAAAAUGACUACAAAAAAGCUUCUUAGGAUGCAACAACAAGAGCUGAGUAAUUUCACGUCUUCUGAUAAACCGGAGAAUGAAGAUCCGGAUAUUGAAGAUGGUAACGUUACUAGUACUGAAAAUCCAAAUAUUGAAGAAGAUGAUAAUGUUACAACUCAUCUAGAUUUAUCACAAUGGCAUCUAACUCCUGCACGAAUGAAACCAAAAACCCACCACGGACGCCACCACCCACACCAUCCCCACCAUGCAAGGCAGAAGCACUCACUGAAGAAAAGGAUGAGGCUAAAGUAUCUCAGGAAUAAAAAGAAGGGCUCUACAAAAUACAUGACCACGAAAGCUGAUAAGGCUUUUAUAAAAAUUUCGUAUAAGGUCUAUCUUGGGUCUCGUGAGACGACAACUACUGAUGGCAGCCCUGGCUAUCUGCGCUUAGGUCCCGCUAAAGCUGUCACACCAGGUUUACUGCCCACUGGGUCGACCAAGUCUCCGAACCUUCGUUACUACGAGAUGAUGAAGGAACUAGACGAGGGAUAUAUGAUGAUAUUUCUGAUAGAACUUUGCAGAAUAAUUUCUACGAAGGAUCAGAAACAAGUUCAAGAUGUCAUCAUGCAUACUAUAACUAUAAUCAAUGAACUACAACAAAAUGGAAGGUUGAUCUGGUUGGGGAGGCCGUUACUAGACAUCACUGUGAAACUGUCAAGAUUUGUCUCUAAAGCACCAAUUGAUCUUGUGAGAUCUUACGCAAACAUGACGACACAAAUGCUACGUGAGAGGAAUCAAGCACUCUCCGAGGAAGAGAAUUCAAUACUGGACCAUGCAGACUCUUUCUACGAUAGUAAAGAAGGAGAAUAUCUGUUUAAUUCUCUAAAGGAAUUCGAGGCAUUUCCUGAGAGUAAGUAUAACCAAUAUUAA